UGUCUGUUGGUUUAUUAUCUUUCUUUGGUUAGUUUAAUUGUGAUUAGUUUUGUUAAUUGUUUGCUGACAUUUGUUUUUGUUAAUUGAUUUAAUUUACGUGAUCAUUAGUUUAAAGAAUAACUGAAGGAAUUACAAUGAACAGCGCUGAAGUACUUAACGAUCCUGAAGCUUUGGCUUUCAUGCAAUCAAAGCUCGCUGGUAUGGUUGGUAAUUUGUCCGGUUAUUAUGAUUCAUUACCUAAAUCAAUUAAAAGAAGGGUUAAAGCCUUGAAAAAGUUACAAGUUGAUUAUCUCAAAUUGGAAUCACAGUUUCAUAAAGAGAUGCAUGCUGUUGAAUGUAAAUAUAACGCUUUAUAUCAAGGAUUAUUGGUUAAACGAGCGGAUAUUGUAAACGCCUCAUAUGAGCCCAAGGAUGAAGAAUGUGAUUUCCCUUCGGAUGAUGAAGACGACGAUGAAGAUAUUAAGGAAAUUGAUGGUGAUGAUAAAACCGGUGAAGAUGGUGAUAAGGAGAAAAAGCUUUCCAAAGAUUUGGAAGAGAAAAUGAAAACAGAUGAACCUGAGGAUGAUGAUGAAGAUACCAAAGGAAUCCCUGAAUUUUGGUUAACCAUUUUCAAAAAUGUUGAUCUUAUUUCAGAAAAUAUUCAAGAAUGUGAUGAACCCAUUCUUAAGCAUUUAACUGAUAUUAAGGUCAAAUUGGUUGAAAAUCCAAUGAGUUUUACUUUAGAAUUCUAUUUUAGUUCUAAUGAAUUCUUCACCGACAGUGUUUUGACCAAAACUUAUGAGCUUAAAUGCACUCCUGAUGAAACUGACCCUUUCUCAUUCGAAGGUCCAGAAAUUUCUAAAGCAAUUGGCUGCAAAAUUAAUUGGAAUGAAGGUAAAAAUGUUACAAUUAAAACCGUUAUGAAGAAACAGAAGCAUAAAGCCAAAGGAUCAACCCGAACUGUUCCUAAAGAAGUUCAAUCAGAUUCAUUUUUCAACUUUUUCGCUCCUCCUGAAGUUCCAGAAAAUGAAGAAGAUAUCGAUGAAACUACCCAAGAAAUUCUUUCGGCUGAUUUUGAGAUUGGAGAAAUUAUCAGACAUCGUUUGGUUCCACGUGCGGUUCUUUAUUUCACCGGUGAAGCCAUGGUAGAUGACGAUUAUGAUGAGGAUGAUGAAGAAGAUGAGGAAGAAUAUGAUUCUGAUGAUGAUGAAGAUGAUGACGACGACGAUGAAGAUGGAGAAGGUGAUGAUAACGAGGUUAAAGGGCGUAAACCACGUAAAAAGCGAGGACAAGCUAAAAAUCCCGAAGAAUGUAAACAAUCAUAAUCAUAACAUUGAUCAAAUUUAAACAAACAAAAUUUUCUCUUCUCUUUCUGGUACCAUAAUUGAUCAAUCAAUUGAUUACUAACAUUCUUGUUUAUCGAAUCCUUUUCUCUCUCUCUCUCUCUCUCUCUCUCUUUCUUUCUCUCUAUUUCUCUUCUUUAUCAUCACCAUUUUUGCAACACCAACACAUGAUACUAAUUUUCAGUCUCAUCAAAAGUUGAUCUUUAAAUUGUUCCCCUUGAAAUAUAUAACCAAUCAAGUGAAUUUAUCCUCCACACAUAUAAACAAAACAAAAAUCACUCACAACAUGCUCUUAAUGAUGAUGGGCUAAUUUUAUUAUUACCAAUAAAGAGAUCGCUUUGAAUUUAA